CAAAAGAUAUUAUGAGGGGAAGAACAUAAAUAACAGACAUGUUUAUGGUAAACUUUUUGAUUUAGUAUCUGAUCCAUGUCGUUGUUAUUAUUCUGACACAAAUGAAGGGUGGAAAGAGGAAAAAGACUUGCACGAUUAUUUUAAAAAUUUCGAGUUUUUAAAAAGUAAUGCUUGUAAUAAAAACAAUUGUGAAGAGUAUUUGAAAUACGUUACCUAUGUUAAUAGGAUUUAUCGAACGUACUAUGAUAAAGUCAUUGGAUGUUGUGAUUUUGAACCUAUGCCGUCCUAUUGCGAAUCUUAUUUUACUUGCGACGAAAAAUAUGAUCCGAGUGCGCUUAUACCUAUUUUAAAGUAUGCACAUGAGAAAUCAAGUAGGGGCGAAGAUAACAUAGUUAAAGAUGUUGUAAUGGAAAAACGUG